AUGGGAAGCAGCUUCAACCCAGGCAUCGUCUACAUGACGGCCAGCCUAGUCCUCUUUGCCAUUGCCGUCGUCCUCCAUUUCCACAGCCAGCACCUCUCUCUCCCCCUCUCCCCCGUCGUCACCGUCGUCACCGUCAUCCUUCCCGUCGCCGCCUUUCUCAACGCCUUUGUCUACCCCAACCUCCUCCACACCUCCUCCUCCUCCACCACCACCUCCAUCCUCCGCGUCCUGCCCGCCGCCCUGCAGGGCCUGCAAGCCGUCGUCGCCACCGCGCUCGCCACCAUCUUCGUGCAGGGCUUCGCAUCUCCCUCGCGCGGCUGCGCGCUCGACGCCGCCUGGCAGCGCCUGUACGACGCGCGCGAUGCCGACGCCGUCCGCCGCGUCCAGGACACGCUGCGGUGCUGCGGCUACGCCGACCUGAACGACCGCGCGUUUCCGUUUGCGAGCUUGAUACAGCAGACGUGCCGAGAGAUUUAUAACAGGGACAAGGCGUGCGAGGGACCGUGGCGGGCCGCCAUGGCGACGCACGCGGGGAUUGCGUUUGCGGUGGUCUUGACGGUGGCGCUGAUGCAGAUUCUCGGUCUGAUAUUGAUGCGACCGGGUACGAACUGGUGGACGGCUCUGCGAACGCCAGAAGACGAAGGGGACGACGACGACGACUACGACGAGCACAGCAGGUUGUUGGGCCGCGAACAAGCAUCUCAGCAAGGCGCGUCUUCUACUCCUGUAGCUGGACCGUCAACCUACGCCGAGGCAGCCCGAUGA